CGCGGCUCCCCCUGGCGGCGGGAACGGGCGGAGGGACCGGGAGCGACCGGGAGGGACCGGGAGGGACCGGGAGGAACCGGGAGGAACCGGGAGCGACCCGAGAGUUUCCAGAGAGCGACCCCAGCCCCGGCACCGACAUGUCCACCGCCAUGAACUUCAGCAGCAAGAGCUUCGCGCCGCGGCCGCCGGACAAGGGCGCGUUCCCGCUGGAUCACUUCGGCGAGUGCAGCGCCUUCAAGGAGCGCUUCAUGGAGUGUCUGCGCCGCAGCGGCUACGAGAGCGCGGCCUGCCGGCAGAGCGCCAUGGCCUACCUGGAGUGCCGCAUGGACAGGCAACUUAUGGCUAAUGAACCACUGGAAAAAUUGGGAUUUAAAGACCUGAUAAAUGAGAAAUCAGAAGAAAAACCUGAGAAGUCGUGAUGAAGACAGACAACUUUGCUCCUCGUGAAGGGAAAGCAUUACUCUGAAUGUAGUACAUAUUGUACAUUCUGGUCAUAUUGCAAUAGGAAGUGUUUCCUGAAAGAACCUUUUUCCAAAGGUUAAUUGUCCUAAAAUAAGAUUUUUCUUUAAAUGAGCAAAAAGUACUGUCUUUGUCUGCUUUGCUCAAGCAUUUCUUAACUUCUUUCUUUUAAUUUCUCUAGAGGCAAGACAGUUACAGCCCAAAGUGUUCUCCCUGUAAGAACAGUGAAGUCUUAUUUUAAGGGGACAAAAGCCAAAACCAAACAAUCCUUUAUUGUGUAGGUUUUUAACUACUGAUUAAUCUUCUGUGGGCAGUACUGAUAUGCUCACAGCAGUUACUUGCCAGGUGGAAAUGAAGCUGUUGUACUUUAAAAUUGAUUUUUAUAAAAUACUGGCUUAAGUCCCCAUGCCUGGGGUGGUCUCACCCUGCUGUGGAAGACAUGGGGGUACUUGAGGUGCAGUGUUUUUUCAGUCAUUUCAUCUUCCAUCAUUGUUGGGAGAGUGUUUCUAGUUCCAGACACCAGUCAGGGAGUGAUUCUGCUUUUAUUUACCAUGCCACCAGUGUUCACCUAAUUUUUUCAUCAUUUCACUGGCAAUAGUGGUAUUUCUUUUGCAUGUUCUAAUGCAGUUGAAGUAUUUCUUAAUUAAUGUUGAGUUCCAGCAGAAAUAAUUUGGCCUGUUAGCCCCCUAGAAAUGUGUUUCAAGCAGGCAAUAAAUCUGUAACUCUUGUUGUCCACUGUAUGUUCUGCUGCUUUUGUGUUUGUUUUUAACCCAGUGAAUCAGUUCUCUGUGUGUCUGGCUCUCUCUGCCAAGGCAGGUCCCCAACGCUUCCCACUUUAUCUGCUGUCCCCUCUCUGAUGCAUCUCACCUCCCCUGCUGGCUGCUUUUGCUUCUGCCUCUCUCCACUGUGCACCUGCUCAUACUGAGUUCGGGGAAGGGUGGAAGAACAUUUUCUGCUCCUCAUACUGAUCACUGGGGCUGAGAUUGAAAUUGUUGCUCUGUCUAAUCUGAUGGAACAGAGUGCACAUAGCUCAGAGCAGUCUCCUGUUUGAAAAGGACAUUUGCUUGCUGCUGCAUAUUUUUAUUCCACUUCAUUCUACUGUUCAAAUUAUAUUCUUUGGUGAGAUUAGUACAUUUAUAGGAAAUAUAGAGAUUGUAUUGCUGCAACAGACACUAGAAGACAUUAUAUUAAACCACUGAAUAAGAGCUUUCUUUUAGCGAUACCAAAUUAGAAUUAAAAUAAUCUCCAGCAUCUUCAGAAGAAAGAAAUCAAAUUUCAUGCUUCUGUGCUCCCUGAAUAUUAUAAGGCAAAGUGAAUUCCUGGUAGGUCUGAAAGAACCCACCAGUGGUGGGGGAGUAAUCUGGGCUGUUACCAAUGGUAAUUUCAUUUUUUUGGCUGUUAUUCUGCACUGUUGUUUUGGCCAAGCAAUUCCUUCACCAGUUCCAUCUGUGUUGCCCUGAGACAUUGAUGCCAGCCCUGUCCUCCAGGUUGUUACAAAGUUUUUGAGGUGUUGAGUGAUUGCCACCCUAAAAAGACUGCAGUGGGGAGAGGUUUGGACCUUUCAGCAGCCCUAAGAUCACAUCCUCAUCCUGUCCAGAUCCAUGGGCACGCUGAGCUCAUCCUGCUUCCCAGCACAGCAAGUCAGCUGCUGUCCCCUCGUGCCAGGACAAAGAGGGCUGUGAGUGGAGAGCUGAAAAUUCAGGGGAUGGGCAGAGGCACUUCUGUUCUGGCUGUAAGCAGUGGCAGCAGAAAAGAAUGUGUUCAGUGGAGCUUUAAGGGAAGCUCAGAGCUGCUGGGGGACAUCAGACAUUGAGAUCUGAUGCAGUUGAGAAGUGGGGGGAAAAAGCCAUUAGUGCCAGAUCUGGGGUCAGUUUUCCCAACUUUGUCAGGGGGACAAGUCCCUGCAACACUGGGAGAGUUCCCAGAAUGUUCUUCAAUUCAUUCCUGCCAAUGUACAAAUCAUGAAUUAAACCUUUCUACUUGAAACCUC